AUGCUUGACACAGGUGGUAUCGUGAAUGACCUGCGAGAACACAAGAUGAUGACCAAGGUGAUGGUCAAGAUGAUGACCAAGAUGAUGACCAAGACGAUACCCAAGAUGAUUGCGAAGUACCUUCACUAG